CACGCGAAGAGGGAAAAAAAGGUGGCAACACAAAACCCAAACCCCAAGGCGGCCAUGUCUCCCUCUCCGCUAGCCAUCGUCCUCCUCGCCGUCGUCGCGGGGGCCGCGGCCGCGGAGGCGCAGCUGGCCUCCUCCGGAGGCGGCGCGGCGGUCCGCGGCGUGGCGAACGACCUCCUCCCGGAGUACGGUUUGCCUCGGGGCCUGAUCCCGGAGACGGUCGCGUCGUACACGUUCGAGAACGCGACGGGGGAGUUCGAGAUCCGGCUGGAGAGCAGCUGCUACAUCUGGUUCGGCUCCCACCUCGCCUUCUUCGGGGACGCCAUCCGCGGCCGCAUCUCCUACGGCGCCAUCACGGGCCUCUCCGGGAUCCAGGCCAAGAAGUUCUUCCUCUGGGUCUCCAUCGACACCAUCGUCGCCCACCCCGACGACGCCACCGUCGAGUUCAGGGCGGGCUUCGUCUCCGAGGCGCUCCCGGUCUCCGACUUCGCCGACCUCCCCGUCUGCGGCGCCGGCGCCGGCGCCGCCGCCCGGCUCCGCCACCUCGGCCUGCAGCUCCCCGUCGCCGAGGUAUAGCUCGCCUCCAGAAAUCGAUCGAGCUGCUGAUCCGUCCAGAAACUCCAACAAAUUGCUGAACCAUCAACGUAUACACGAGGGCACAUGUGUGACGUGUCAUGUGUAAGCCUAGUUUCUGCACUUUAUUUAUUUAUUUAUUUAUUUUCGGAAUGGUGAUAUGUGAUAAUGUGAAUGUUCCAUAACCUUCUCAUGGAAUAAAAUCCACAAGUUUUCUCUGUCUUGCCUGGUUUUUGA